AUGAAAAGGAAGUUCAUGAUGCUGACUUUAUUGAUUUCUGGACCUAAGCAACCCGGAAAUGACAUUGAUGUAUACAUGCAGCCCUUGAUUGACGAUUUAAAAGCUUUGUGGGAUGGGAUAGAUGGAGUGUAUGAUGCAUUUAGAGGAGAAUACUUUAAACUGAGAGCUGUUUUGUUUUGGACGAUUAACGACUUUCCCGCUUAUGGGAACUUAUCGGGUAGUGUUACUAAGGGGUACAAUGGAUGUCCUAUAUGUUGUGAGAACACAAAACCACAUCGGCUAUCUCAUGGACAGAAAAUGAGCCAUAUUGGUCACCGGAGAUGGUUACCGCGCCAUCAUCCUUACCGAAGGCUGACCAAAGAGUUCAAUAACUUACCGGAGUUUGAAACUGCCCCUGAACCCUUAAGUGGAGAAGAGGUAUUAAAAAGGGUUGAGGGCAUGACCUGGUCAUUCGGUAAAAAGAAUCCUCUUCCAAUAUAUAAGGGUUUGGAAGACCAAACCAGACCUUGUUGGAAGAAGAAGUCCAUAUUCUUCGAACUUGAGUAUUGGAAAUUUCUUCCGGUUCGACAUAAUCUCGAUGUCAUGCACAUUGAGAAGAAUGUAUGCGAUAGUAUUAUUGGUACAUUAUUCAAUAUUCCUGGAAAAACGAAAGAUGGAGUCGCUGCUAGGUUGGAUCUGGUGGAAAUGGGCAUAAGGACUGGUUUGGGACCAACACCAGGGCAAAAGAAAGACAAGUUGCCUUUGGCAAGUUGGAAUCUACUGCUAGAAGAGAAGAGAGCAAUGUGCAUGUCUUUUUUCAACAUGAAGGGUCCUUACGGCAUUUCCUCAAAUAUAAGGAACCUUGUUUCCUUAGAUGACUUAAGGCUGGUUGGUCUCAAAUCACAUGAUUGUCAUAUGGUGAUGCAACAGCUACUACCGAUUGCUAUACGUUCAAGUUUGGAGAAACCAGUCCGGUUUGCAAUCAUUCGGUUUUGUCUCUUUUUUAAGGCAAUAUGCAGCAAAGUGAUAGAUGUUAGGAAGCUGAAAAAAAUGCAAGAAGAUCUAGUUUUGACAGUUUGUGAGCUUGAGAAGUAUUUUCCACCAUCCUUCUUUGAUAUCAUGAUUCAUCUCACAGUCCAUCUUGUUAGAGAAGUUGAGCUUUGUGGACCAGUUUUCUUUAGGUGGAUGUACCCUUUUGAAAGGUACAUGAAAACCCUCAAAGGGUAUGUUAGAAAUCGAAACCAUCCAGAGGGUUGCAUUGCUGAGUCAUAUGUUGUUGAAGAAGCAGUGGAAUUUUGCUCAGAUCGUAUACUUUCUGGUGAAAAUACAGUUGGCAUCCCAUCAAUAGGCAUUUUUGAUGAAAGCUGCACCAAACCGUUAUCUGGUGCUACUGUUGUGUCCAUUUAUGGAAGGGAGUUGGAACUAGCACAUCUUUGUGUAUUACAGAAUACAGAGGAGGCAAGACCAUACUUCAUUAAGCAUAUGGAGAUUUUGGAGCUUACCUAUCCUAAAUUCAAAGAUAAUCAGAACUGGUUGACUAAUAAGCAAAAUAAAACUUUUGCUAAGUGGAUUAAGGAGAAGGUUCUUGAAGAAUUCAGCAAUCCUAAUAAUGAUAUCUCUGAAACUUUAAGUUACAUGGUUAACGGGGUUCAUUUCAAUACCAAAGAACGCGACGAUGUAAGAAAAGUGCAAAACAGCGGUGUUAGCCUACAUGCCCGUGCUUUACAAGUAGCUAGUGCAAAGGACAAAAACCCAAAAUUGGAUGAUAUGCAAUUUUAUGGAGUGAUUACAACAAUUUGGGAGAUGGACUAUCAAAGGUUUAGAAUUCCUGUGUUCAAGUGCGAUUGGGUUGAAAACGCCAAAGGCAUUAAAGUAGAUGAGUUUGGGUUUACGUUGGUAAACUUGAAUAGGAUAGGUCAUGUGAGUGAUCCUUUUGUUUUAGGUAAGGAUGUGAAACAAGUAUGGUAUGUAGCUGAUCCUCUUGAUGAUGAUUGGUCAGUAGUUAUAACAUGUCCUGAUAGAGAUUAUGCAAAUGAUAGUGAUAAAGCAGAAGAGCUUGAAAAUUUGGAAGUUGAGCAGCAGCCCUUUAUAGCAACAAUGCCAGCAAUUGAGUCAUAUGACAAUAUAGUUGAUGAUGAUGAGAACCACUACAUGCGAGAAGGGAACGAAGGGAUAUGGGUUGAUAAAUGA